AUGAGCACUAUCAAUAUCUCCGCUGGCGGAGCCCUUCCAAAGAUGUCGCCCUACGAUACCAACUCAGCCAUGCACAUCCGUGCCAUGCUUCAAGUCGACGGCUUCGACGAUCCCCUAUCGAUCCUGGGUCUCUAUUACCAAGCUAACGUCACAGAGAAGGACAUCAUCGUCGCCUUCCGCAAGCUCGCCCUCAUCCUACAUCCGGACAAGUGCCAAGAUGCAGGUCAAUCUGAGCUCCACGUCCGCCUAUUUCAAAAGCUCGAGACAGCCAAAGAAGCUCUACUCAACAGCGAUGAGCUGCUUGAGCUCACACCGGAACCUCUGGCAAUCCAUGAAGGCCCCGAAACCCUCCGGAUCAGAAUAUUUGACGCGAGAGAGAAGCUGAAAGCUGCCCGUGCUGAAGCCGUAAUUUACAACAGGCUACCACCAAAGCUUCAGCGAGGUUGGAUCCGAGCCAAACUUGUGCGCGAGUUCAAAGCAGCGGGCGCCCAUGCUCACGAGCUUCGAAAAGAGGGCAAGCAAAGCGAAGCUCACACAAUUCUUACUGCUGCCAAGGAGAAACUCCAGGGAUUCAACCGCGUAGAUGAGAAUGGGGAGAGAGUUUUCGAUGACCCGACAGUGAGAGACCACAACUGGAACAAGAAUCUUGUCAAAGGAAGGACUUCCACAACUACCGGCGUCAGUUUCGAGUUGAAAAAGCGGCAGGAUCAGCUCUUCAUAGCUCAAGAGUUCGAAGAGAUGUACAAGAUCGCGCCAGAGCGCCUUCACGAGACAGAGGAGGAAAUGUGGGAGAGAUGGUUGGACGAGGACUACAAAGGCUGGACGAAAAAGGUCACUGAUGCCAAUGGUCAGUCGUGGUGGCUGUGCGAAGCUAACAUGGAAGCGGAAAUGCUCGAGAUUGCUCAGCGCUUUGCGGAGACCAGAUGGAUACAGUCCUCCAACGGAUGGAAAAGAUGGCUGUAUCUGGAGGAUGAUGAGGAGGACGACGAGGAGUGGUAA